UAAAGUAUAUUCAACGAAGCCAAACAAUUGUUCUUACAUCGUCUAUUAAAAACAACGUACUUUCUUCCUUAUUAAUAAAACAUCUAGCUACAUGUCCCCCCCCCUGAUUACUGAGAUGUUGAUCAUAUAUGCACAACACACACAGCAGUGCAUUUCCGCUAACAUUCAUUCGUGCGUGGGGCUAAGCGCAAUAUACAGGGAUUUGCUUCAACAACCAUACACCUAUCGUCUUUUGUUUUUCUGCAAAAUGCAUCGCAAUUUUUCCCUUGUAAAGGUUAGAGACAAAUUGGACGGGCACAGAUAUGACUUCAAAUCCUAAAGGUGCAACGAAUGGACCAAUACAUUUGACAGGGUGACCCAGCUGUGUGUAUAUUGUAACAAAUUGUAACAAUAUUGGGGCUUACAGUUAAAAGGCAGAAUGCCCAUCCCUCCCCCUCCUCCUCCGCCAGGGGGUCCCCCGCCACCCCCCACCUUCAGCCAGGCCAACACGACCCCUCCCAAGCUGAACCGAGAGGAGGCCAAAGGUCGUGGUGCCCUGCUCACAGACAUCUGCACUGGCACCAGGCUGAGGAAGGUGGCGGUGGUGGACGACCGCAGUGCCCCGCAGCUAGAGAAACCGAAAGGAGGCGCUUCUGGGACCGGGGGCGGCAGUAGGAGUGGAGCGGGUAGCCCCUCGGGCUCUGUUCCACCAAUAGGGGGGCUGUUCCAGGGCGGGAUCCCCAGACUUCGGCCGGUCGGCGACGGUUCUUCAGGUCGCUCCCCCACCACUCGCGGCGCGGCCCCCAGGCCCCCCAGUCAUCGCCCCGACGACGCAGAGAGCCCCUCCCCCCAGGCCAUGUCGCCCACAGAGCCGGGCCGUGCCCACCGCCCGUCGCUCCCGAACCUCGCCGCCUCCCCCUCGGCGCCCUGCUCUUCCCCCGCCUCGACCGCCGCCUCCCCCUCCGGCAGCAUGAAGCACUCCUCCUCUGCUCCCCCCCCUCCCCCUCCCCCAAUCUGUCGCCGCGGAAACGCGCCCUCCCCUCCCUCCUCCUCGUACAACCGGGAGAAACCACUGCCCCCCACCCCUAACAACACCCCGCCCUUGCCCGCCAAGCCGCCUCCGUCGCCCGGCAACAGCAGGCGGCCCCCGACCUCCGGCGGCAACUCCGGGGGCUCCUGCUCCUCCCUGGCCCCCCCGCUGCCCCACUACCGGCUCGCCAACGGGCCGUCGGGGGCCACGGGGCUGGAGGCUGCGCCGGACCUGCCCCAGCGGCACAAUUCCCUCGGCAACAAGAGGCAAGCUCCCUCCCCGGGGGGCCACACCCCCACCAGAGGCCCCGCUCCUCCACCUCCUCCUGCCUCUCCCACCCCUUCCCAGCAGGGCGGCUCCAGGCCUCACCUACCGGUCAGAGAGCCCCCAGGCAGAGCCACAGCCCCACCCGUUCCCGCGUCCUUGAGGACUGGCAGCAGAGAGGCCCCGCCUCCCCCUCCCUACAGGGCACACGGUAGCCCCUCCCUGUCCUCUGACCCCCCUACCCGGGGGAAGCCCCCUCCUCCCCCAUCCCGCACUCCUGCUGGUCCUCCCCCGCCUCCCCCUCCCAUCCGCAACGGCCACUCCUCCUCCUCGGCCCCGCGCUCCUUCGUCGAUGAUUUUGAAUCAAAGUAUUCUUUCCAUUCACUUGACGACUUCCCUGCUCCAGAGGAAUACAGGCACUUUACUAAAAUCUACCCCAGCAAGGCCAACAGAGUUCCGAUAAUGAGAGGAGCACCCCCCCUGCCUCCAGUUGGAAGGUGAACCCAGAAGGACCCGGACUUCAGGCCCUUACCUGGCUAUUAUGCACGCACUCACAAGAAAACACUACAUUUCAUACCCUGGCGGAUGCAGACAAGCACACACACUUGCAUAUAAGAGUUAUGCAUGCCAACCGAAUACAUGCAACAGUUCCAGAGACCUGCACAGACACAACACACAUGCAAAGGCAAACAUAACACACAAAGCUACCGAGACAACCACACACGCAAACAGAAACAUUUCCCUUGAAUGACACUGUAUGUGAGGCAUGCUGCCACGAUUCAUUCACAAGAGACACAUCAACACAAGUGGAGAACGGGGGGCAGCUUCAGUGAAGUCAGCAGGAUGACGCUGACUCCCAUACGCACAGCAACUUAAACGGCUUUUGGUGGAAAAAUAUGAAUGGGUCUAGUAACCGUGGCUGGCUCGCCCAUUCACUGGCCUGCUUGUCAGGGGGCCUGUUGCCAUUCUGUUGCCAUGGAGAAUAACCAACAAUCUCUAUAGUAACACUCUCGCAGGUCAAUGGCAGGACCUUGCAUGCCAAGAAGUGUGCAGAGCCUACUGGGAGCUAGAGACUUGUAAUGGCCCUUUUCUCCAUUUUAACUCAAGAGUACAGUUUAAAAAAGAAAAGAAAAUGCAGCUGUCCAAGUCCCUGGAAACUCAAUCGUUGGAUCAAAUCACACGUGCACCCUGCCUCGUCCUCAGCUAUGAAGUGUCCUUGUUGUGAGUUCAAAUCAAAACGGUCCACCUGCUUUAGUCGAAACCUCCACAGUCAGCUUCGGGCUGUUGGUGCUUUGCAGCACCAUGCGUAUUAUUCCUGCAUAUCGUCUGCCGAUUGGUUGGCACACUGAUGGCAGCCACUGCCUCAUUUUAAUCCACUUGAAGGGGAAAUUCUUGUCUGCCCUUGACUUAAAAAUAAAUAUGUCCACGGGGGAAUUUUCUUUUGGGGAUAAUCUUACACCGACAAAGUAUCUGUUCCAACAGACUUGCAACAAAGAUUGACCCAGUAGUUUUCGGAAUACAAAGGGGCGAAAAGGGCCAGUGACCAUGUUAACUGUGAAGGUGUAGGACGCUCUUGUGUAAGACAUGUACACUACUAAUACUGCACCAUUCAAGAGGAGGUGUACCAGGUACUAGCCGGGCACUACAGAGAAGAAGACUCUUCUGAUGACAUCACCAUGGCAGGGUUGAUGAUGUCAUGGCGGAUCAUCUCUCAGACUUCUAGUACUGGAAGGGAUCCGCAGGGACACAGCAGCCAGUGGAAAUGUGUUGCAGAUUCAUGGGAGCAAAACAAAACUCCCUGUAUACUUUUAAUGAUCUUGCCUUGACCAUAAUGCUGGACUAUAUUACAGGGAACCAGUGUGCGGUUUUAUAACGAAAAUCUUGCAGGGAGUCUUUGGGAAUUGGAACGCCUCUCAUCACCAUGGAGACUGCCCUAGAGCUGGGAUUGGAACGCAGACCAUACCGCAAGCAUCCACUGGUGAGGCGGCGCACACAGCACAAGUAGACAGGAAACCCAACUGUCAGCAGAUUAACGUUUUGGGAGAACUGAGAAUCUUCAAUUGGAUUUUUUUUUCUUUAAGUGCCAAGCACGGCAGUGUUUGUUUAACUAUGGCAAACCUUACGAGACCGUAUGACAGACCUCAGAUAUUGUCGUGGUAACCUUCAAGUGUGUGUGUGGGGGGGGGGGGGGGGAGAUUGAGUUGAUGAGGGGAUGUAUUGACAAAUGGGGAAGAAAUAGGAUCGUUUUCUUGAUUCAAGUGUUGUCUAUUUUUGGUUGCUCGCUCUUGAGGAAAAAUCCCCCAACGCAAAGGAACCAGCUCCUCAUAUCAUCUCCCCUCGCCUCCCCGUACUUGCUAACAGCUUAACAAAAACAAAAAAAAAGACUCAAACUGACGCAUGUCUCCGAUCAGUCCAUCUGUGUUCUAACAGCAUGAGAGUCCGGUCUCUUUAGUGCAGUGUUCUAAUCCCAGCCGGCUUCACCCCUUUAAUUUUCUUUUUGAGUUGAACUCAUUCUAUUCCAUUUCCGGUUGGUUAUCAAAUGUUGCUUUGUGUUCAAUAACAUUGACUUGAGUGUCUGUAGCUUAUUAAUCAGUAAUUGAACAAGGCGUGUGUGUGUGUGUCUGUUAGGGGACUUUGUAUGGUGUGAUUUCUGUGAUCAUACAUUUACAGCAUAAAAAAGAAAAAAAAGAAGCCGGGAAGUGUUAAUCUUUUUAUGUUCCUUUAAUGCACAAUGAAGUCUGAAAGGUUUUUGUUUUUUAUUCUCUAAUUUCUUGGAAAGACUACCAUACUAGAAGAGGGGGACUGUUCCUGAAAGUAUUUCUCAAAAAUCCCUUGCUCAGCUAAAGGGAGUGUAUCAAUAAAAUAGGAUAAAACAAUGCAUUCAGUGUUCACGGCUACUUAAAUCAAAAGGAAAGGUGGUUGAGUGAAAACACAUUGUUAAAGUGUCUGGUAAAAUGUUGGAGGAGGAGUUUGCACUGAAACCUACCAGAUCUUUUGGGCAGGACCCUGAAGACUGUUCUCUGGCCCCAGGAUCCCCCCGGGACCUGCUUCUUAUUUUGUAGGGUUAUUUUUGACGAGCAUCGAGGCUCCAUGUUUUCUUCAAAUGGCUUUGAGUGUUGUGACAUGAUGUUACUGUGAAUAUGCCACUGAGGAAGUUGGUUGUUUGUUCUUUUUGUACAGAUAUAUUUGUGAGACCAAGGAAGGAGGUUGAGGGAGUGGCUUAGUGGUCAUAUUCCUUGACAGUUAACUAAACUGCACAGAUUAAUGGCCAUUAUAUUAUGGGGUUGAGAUUUGAAAAAAAGUGCUUGUCUGUAACCACUUUUCCACUGUAGUCUUCUACCCGUGUAGCUUGUCGACAACACUCAUCCCUUUUAAACAAAAAUUUAAUUGGUCUUCCUUUUUUGGGGGGACAAUUGUCCUAAUUUUGUCCUCCCUUGGUUAAUUUGUUUGCCUUAUGAAAUGCUUGCUUGUUCAUUCAGGAAUUGUAUAGUCCUAAUAGGCUUAGAUAAAAGUAAUAACCGCUUAGUUAGUCCAAUAUGUAUACAUAAUAAUCUUGUAUCGUUCGGACUUAACAAAAAUGGAGGUAUGGUGUAACUGUUUUAAGCAUUGCAGAACUAACAUAAACAAAUCUAUUUUCACCCCCGUCUCUCAUUGUGUAUCUGCAUUUUCCCUAAUUGAGAGAUGCGGUAAUUCGUUGUACACCAAAAUGCACACUCUUAAUACCCUUCUUCCUCCACAUUUCAUUGCCAAGAUCUUAACCAUCGAUCAUAACUCAGCCAGGUGUUGUACCAAUGCAGAUAACAUGUCUGAUUAAAAAAAGUAAAUGUCUAAGUGGCUCAACUGUUUCUUUUUGAUCCAUCACAUAAACCAUGUUCCAUGGCUUGGUAGAACUGUAGGCAAUCCAUUUUUUGGAAUUGAGACCAGGGGAUAGUGUUCCAGACAUAUCUUCAGAGAUCACCUACCAGUCUCACAUCGACGUAAACAAACACUUGCGUUACGUCCACUACAGUAGACGUACUGUCUACAACGGGUGCAAACCGCACUGCCGGACAGUAACAAUACCCUGUGGCAAAUGUGUAAAAUGUCAUGGUUAAGGACAACAUGGUAUGGUUUCUAUGGUGACAAACUACGGCCAUGGUUAGUGUCAAUCCCUGAGUGUUUGGUUUGUUUUUCCACCACACAUGGUGGAAGAAGUCAAAACACGCACAAUUUAUAGAAUAUGCAAUACAUCUAAAUAUAUUACUCAAUCU